ACAGUCUCUACAGAAACGGACUAAAAUAAGCUUUACAAGUAUAUGCCUGGCUUUUGCAGUAUCCUACAAUAAGGGAGAUAUUUUGCUUUUCACUCUGCUACAUUUAUUGUCAGCUGUAAUAAAUGAGUGCUUAGCAGAUUGUUCAACAGGCAAUGCUGUGUUAUAAAUGAAACCAGCAGUAUGUGAAGUAGCUGCUAUUGACAAAGAGUGUGUGCUGAGUUGGUGAUCAUGGGGUUAAGUUUUCCUCCUCUGCCGGGCGUUGAUCCCUCAUAAUGGGAUGUGCCACCGAGUCGCUCUGCUGGUCUAAGCUACAGCAGGUCAACAUAUUCAGCGCGAGAGGCGGGCCUAUCUGCAGGGAAGAUGAACUGUGGACUCGGCGCUGUUCUGUGGUAGUGAUUUCAUCGGCGGAGAGCUGAGGAGCCUCGGACAACACUUUUGGACAUGGUGACACGUGGGUUUUUAUGGGUGAGAGGACCCGCCGGCCACCCGUUGGAUUAACCGGUCGUCGCAUGUGUCCCGGACUGCUCCUCUCUCACCUCGGGGACCCGGCGAUGCGCUCUUUAAAGGAAACGGGUUUCGCAGAAACAUCCGGAAAACGCAUCCCGGCGCCACGGCCACUCCGCAUCCCGAUAUGCCUCUGACAACACAAAGCCUGGUUUCAGGGAGCCCCGAUGAGAAACCUCACAUGCAAAUCGGCAUGGGCGCGUCAACACGUUUAUUUCGCUAUAUGUUUAUGCGGAUGAGGCUUCGGAGCGCAGAUGUACAAUGAGACAAUCGGGAUUUAUCAAGUAGACUUUAUUAAUAGGCUACAUAAUCAGACAAUAUGGCUGAUCAGAGCAACAUCCAGUCCGCCGCCUCCAAGAGUAUCCGGCCUUUUAAAUCCAGCGAAGAAUACCUGUAUGCCAUGAAGGAGGAUCUGGCUGAAUGGUUGAAUACCCUGUACGACCUAGAUAUUACUGCGGACACCUUUAUGGAUGGGCUUGGGACGGGCUGUGCCCUCUGUCGGCACGCCAACAACGUGAACCGCGCCGCGCAGGACUUCCAGCUGGAGUACCCGGAGGCUGCACAGUCCAUGAAGGUACCAUCUAAAGAUGUUGGCUUUCAGUCGCGCAACGUCGUCCCGGGCUCGUUCGUGGCGCGGGAUAACGUGUCCAAUUUCAUCACCUGGUGCAGGCAGGAGCUCUGGAUCAAGGACGUCCUCAUGUUUGAGACCAACGACUUGGUGGAGAGAUGCAACGAGAAGAAUUUUGUUCUGUGCCUCCUUGAGGUGGCGCGACGUGGGUCCAAGUUUGGCAUGUUGGCCCCCAUGUUGAUCCAGCUGGAGGAGGAGAUCGAGGAGGAGAUUCGGGACCAGGAGAGCCUGCGGAUCGAUGCAGGGGAGCCGGCUGAGCAAAGCCCGCCCAGCAGGUGUUUCAGUCGCAAGGAGAGCAGUCACAGUGUGGAGGAUGAAGAUGAACCUGAACCGGAGCCGUUCGUCUGGCAGCAGAAGAGGGUUUUAUGUGACAUGCGAAAUUUGGAUGAGUUGGUGCGUGAGAUCCUGGGCCGGUGUUCCUGUCCAGCUCAGUUUCCCAUGAUUAAGGUGUCGGAGGGGAAGUACAAAGUGGGAGACUCCAGUGCAUUGAUCUUCAUAAGGGUCCUUCGUACUCAUGUGAUGGUGCGUGUUGGAGGGGGCUGGGAUACAUUGGAGCACUAUUUGGACAAGCAUGACCCAUGUCGCUGUGCUGCUUUUGCCCACCGCUACCACCAGGCUAAAGCCAGUGGCCAAGGUCAGGGAGCCCAUAGCAAGUCCUCGAGUGCCCACUCCUCCCGCUCCACUAGCCCAGGUCCACACUGGCGAAAUGAUGGCAUCGCACCUUACAAACCUCCUGACAGGCGCUCGCUGGAGCCUCCCCCUGCUCCAUGUUCCGUCUCCUCCUCCUCCUCUUCCUCCACACGGCCCGGCCGCUCUCAGAACCCUUCUGGUUCCAUGGAGCUCGACUCCGGUGCAGCACGUACUCUAGUCCCACGGCCGCCACGAGACCGCUCAGAACCCCGCCACUUAAAUCCUCUCAGGAAUAAGGAGACAAAGUUGCCAGUGACAAGACGUUUGUCUGGAGACAGUGACUCCUCUACAGCCUCCUCUAAGGGUGGAGGAGGAGGAGGAGGAGGAGGGGGAGGGGGACGGUACUCUCUUGGAGGUGGCUCACGGCGCUCUGGUGAUGAGGUAGUCCUGCUUGUCAAUCGCAAGGAGGGGAAGCAUAUGAUUGAGAGGCCUGGAGCUGGAAAUCAGACCCCAUCCCUGCGCCCCUCACUGCCCCGUGCACGCAGCCAGUCUCGGGAACGUCCUGCACUCGCUCCAAUACUGAAACCCAACCCACCGCAAGGAUCCUCUGAUGGAUAUCGCACAGAAAGGGGCCGCUCUCUUGGAAACGAGGGCCCGAGGAGGCUCCACGCGCCACGUUCCCACAGCCAGAGUAAGUUACAGAGCCGUACGUGGUCAAGUGAUGCAAGCCCGGGACCCGCUUCCUGCUACAGAGACCCUCAGCCCCCACCCCCAGACAGACGAGAUGACCUUAGGGCCAAACAAGUGCCCCCAUCUUCUCCUAGAUUAGGUGUUGGGUUCACCAAGAGGCAGUCCUCCUCAUGCUCUAACUCCCCUGUAAAAGGGGUCCAGAACAACAACAGCAGCCCCAGCAAGAAGACUAUAACUACUCCCAGACCUCCUGCCCCUCGCUCACCCUCCAUUGGAAAAGGCAGACUACUGCCACCAGUCACCUCAGGAGGUCGACGUUCACCGCACUCAUCUCCCCGUAACUCUCACCAACAUGCUGCCCGCUCCCCACGGACGUUACAGGGCCCUCGCUCUGCUGGGCGAGGCCACCAUCGGAACUGGUCUGGCCUGGAGCGCCAGGAGCCCGAGGAGGAAGGACUGGGCCUUGGCUUCCAGAUGCUGCCAACGCUAGACCCCCAGAGGGAACAGGACCUGUAUCGCAGCUUUGAGGCUGAAUUUCUAGCCAACACGCAGCAGGUCAGAGGAGUUUCUAGUAGAGCCCCAGGAGGAGUGACCGUACAGGGAGCUGGGACACAUUCAGUGCCAGCACUCACUGAUCCUAAUGUCACUGACUCUGCCUAUUCCUCUUCUAACUCCUCCACCUCCUCCCUGAAUGUGGGGGCAAAGAUAGGAACUCUGCCUGACCUCAGGGAAUCCAAGAGAACUAAUCCCCGUCACUUCCCACUGGACGACCCAAUAAAUUUACUUUAUGGACACAAUUUUGGAGGACCACACAACUUUGGUCAAGGAGAGCCUGAACACUGGGGGGAGCGUGGAGGGGGUCUCAAGAAGCUCCCAGCCAUCUCUAGCUCCAUAGAGGAGAGAGAGCUUCCAUCUUCCCUGCCUGGUCUUGGAGACACAGAGUCAGACAGAUUAAUGAAUCAGGUCCUGUCACAACCUUCUUUCCACUGUAGGAAUAUGAAUGGUGACCAUGUAGGUUUUCCUCCUACAGGGGGGGUGACAGGUCAGCAGGGUCAGCUUGGCUGGGGCACAGGGCCUGAAGGAGAUGUUCCUCUGGAGAACCACCAGCCAAACUUACCUUAUGACCUAGAAAAUGGUGAGGGCAGUGAUGACCUCCCGCCCCCAGAGGCUUGUCCGUCACCUGUGCCCCUUCCCCCCUCUGAGGACUGCUCCUUCCAGGAUUCCUCCAGUGAAAACUCUUCCAUGUGCUUCAGCCUGAGCGAAUCCCGCUCUGAAUCCCCCCCACCUUCUUCACUGCUGGCCAACGGGGACGGCGAUGGAGAAGUGCAGCAGACUAAGAAAGGGCAAAAGAAGUCAGACAGGGUAGCCCCUAUCUCAAAGCACAAACUGAGAGGCAGGAUCAGGCCUCGCAUUGACAACAGGCCAGAAAACAGUCCCUCGCGGAUCCCCACCCCAGUCAGCUACAGAGAUCUACAGGCUCACGACACACUUUCCCCAUGCCACACCCCACCACUGUCGCCUCAGAGCUCACACUCUACUGGUCGUCCAGCCACAUGCAAGAGCCUGCACCAGGCCUUCGCAGAUAUGAUCCAUCCUCAACCACGUUCCCCAGCGAUGGGAAACAAAGAAUGCUCCUACCCUGGACAGUCAGGGAGCCUGGACACUGAAGCUUGGAUGUAGCACAAAUGACACAUGGGGUUGUUUUCAUAAACUUUGACUACUGUGUAAAAAAAGACUUAAGACUGGGCUAUAGACUGUUUUCAUUGCAUGUCUAACACUCCUUCUUUUUCACUUAGUUUCUCCCCUGAAUAACUGCAGGGGGUCCACAUUGCUUUUAUUUUGCACUCAAGCCAAAUUAUUUAUUACCAAAGGAAUGGUCUUUAAUAUUACUUUAACUGUAAUGUUUAAUGUGUGCAUGGGGAUGCUUUUGCCAAUCAUAAGACACUUGAUACAGAGAGAUAGAGAGAGAGAGAGCAUAUGUGCUGCCAUGUUCCCCUCUGAGGGACAUGGUAAAAUGCCAGGGGUUUCAAGCUACAACUCUAUAAACAAGCAUUAACAAUAAACCUUUAGUCAGAUGGAUCGGCUCCAUCUUGUGGUUUGCCACAGCAUCUCUGCUUGCCUUGAUAGUCAAAAUACUGGUAUGACUGUGAUAUUUUCAGUCCUUCCACAUUAGUGGUCUUCAUAUAUGACUCAUUAUACUCAUAUUCACAAUAUACUAAUAGGUAACAUUGACAGAAGUACCCCCAUCAUUCUUCUGACUUUAUGAACACUACAUGCACUACCAAUCUCUGUACAGUUGUCUGCUGUUAUUAAUGUCUGAUGUCACCUUUUCACAACAGUUGAUGUAGUCAAGAUAGAUAAUAUUUGUUUUUAAAUGCUUUAUGUGUUACAGGUUUUCAAGCUUAUGUUUAAUGCAGUAAAACAUUUCAGUUAUAUUUCAACUUUUAAGUGGAUUACAUGUAAAAAUAUGAGGAGCAGUGAAGGUUGUAUCACCUUGUGUCAUUGUCACUGAAACAGAAAUGUUGAGAGCUCUUCCUCUGACCAAACUGUACUCUGGAAUACAGUGCUACAUAUAUACAUGUGCAAAAGUCAAAUUCUUUGGAGAAUGAAUGCGUAAAUACAUGUUGAUGUGCUCACUAUGAGAUGUGGGUAUUUUGAAUAUAAAAAGGAUAUACAGUUUAAUGUACAUAUUCACGGUAAUCAGUUCUGUGCUGCCUUAGCUAUGCAAUGUUGGUAUUGGAAAUGCCUUGACAAUUCCCUUUGCCUUAAAAUUUAUUCGCAGGUUAGUUUUUGAAUGUUUUUGCUCAACAUCACUUUUUGGUAACACUACAUUGCCAUCAUUAACUGUUUUAUGAUAAUAGAAAUUGGAGAGUUUGAGUAUGAAUGUGGAAAGUAUAAAUUAUACUUGAUGUAAGUGUACUAUUCAUGAUAAAGAUAUGUAAUUUAUUGUCUCUGAAUUCUAUUAGUUGUUUUGAAACACAAGAAGCCGGUUAACCUACUUAACAGAUGGAUUUCAAAGACAUGGCACAAUCUAUGGUGACAUCUAGUGGCUAAAGAAAGACAUGUUUUAUUAACAGUAAAAACAGAUAUUGUUUUCCUGACAAUGUGUCCUUUCUUCCAUACAUGUGGAAUAACAUAUUCUAGUGCAGAGCCGAUAAUAAUAAUAUGGUAUUAUGAGGUGAAGUUUGAUGGAUGGAGAAUUAUUUUGACUUGUCUACAUGUGUGCAACAGUGCAUGAAUAAUAGAUACUGUAAUUGGAUAUUAGGGUUCUCUUGUGAAGCUCUUGCACAGUUGUCAGGUGUUAGGGAGGCCAGAGCCCAGCUACAGUACUUCUGUUUUUGGUAUUUAACCUGUGUAGACUUUGUAAAAUAGAUUUUGAAAGUGGGAAUUGUUGUGUCAGUGCUAUGCAGAAACCUCAUAACCUCCAAAAACAUCUGCCAAUGAAGAGAAUUUGGUGGACAUGUGUUGUUGAUAUGUUUACAAUGGGUUUGAUCAAUCUCUCCUACAGAGACUGUGUGUAAACAGAAAAGAAAGACACAACAUUUGUGAAUAACCUCUUUUUUCAUGGCACUGACACAGUGAAUAGGGUUGAAAAAAUAGAACUGUAUGAGAAUAUGUACAGAGUUGGAGUGAUGUUGGUCUAAUUUAUUUAUUUAUGAAAUGUAAGUCUCAUUGGGCUCAAGUGACAUCUGUGUCCCAGGUAAGUGAGCUGUAAGUGUUUAGAAAAGUCCAAAUGAGUUGGGGCCCAACAUGUAGAAGGAUAUUGCAUUUUGAAUACACUAUAAAGAUACAUAAUCUGUUAGAAAUGUUGCCAGUUUGAAAACUGGCACAGACAGACAAAACAUAUUUGGGCUGUUUUGCAAUAUUCAGAGAUAAAGUAAUUUGAUUUUAUGCUUACCCUCACUGCUACAAAUCAUUUAUGAUGUGUCAGUAUUGUUAGAGCUGCAUUGAUCCAAUAUGCAGCUGGUUAUCAGUUUCCCCUGUAUAAACAGAUUUUUUUUUUUACAUGUAUGCUAAUUUAAAUUUGGUUAUUUGAAGACAUUUGCAUUUUGAUCAACUGGUGUUUAAAAUCUACCAGUUAUGUCAACUGUGACUUCAUACAAACAUGCCAUUACAUUUGGUCACAAAAAGUGUGAUUGUUGUUAUAUGACAUAAUCUGUUCUUUGUCCUGCACAACUUUCAUGAAACUCUCUCUCCCUCUCUCUAUCCUUAAUCAGCGAAAUCUGAAUGUUCAUGAUCAGACAAUUUCUUGUUUGCUAAUGUUAUUUUCACUAAAACUUCAGUUAAAUGUACAGAUUGCUUGACAUUGUGGAGUCUGUAUGUAUGAAAUAGCAAUACUUUCAACGUUUCACUGUUUUUGAAGCUGUCAAGUUCUUGUAAUAAAUAUUUUCCUCUGAAGUUAA